AUGGUUGUGUCUGUUUCAGACUGCGUGAUUAAUUACGUGCAGAGAGCUUGCCGGCAAUUCCAGACUACUCAUAUCAGGCGGGUUCUGGCGGGUGUCGGUCUUUGCGCGCUGUUUGCUAUAGUUUUGCUUUUCCCUGGCGCUAAGGAGCAUAUUAUACCCGUUAGCACUGUGCAGGAGUCUGGGGAGCUUGUUAGACCAGCUUCGACUCCGGAGCUGAGCUUUUAUGUGGUAAACAACAGCACCGUGGAUGGAGGGGAUCCAGUGGUGAAUAUUAUAGAGACCUCACAAGACUCAGAAGAGAUUCCCUAUAAUCCUUAUCCGGAUUACAACAGUGUUGUUUGGAGAGCGGAAUGGAAGGGAGAAUACCAGCAAUGUACUGGCCCGGCUGGAAUCCUUCUUGACACAAGCAACAGGGAUCUGAUGAUGAAAGCUUAUAAGUGGAAUACUUCAAGUUUUCCAAGUCCCGUUUUCGGCUCAUACGAGUCAUGGAAUCUCGACAACAGUCUAUGUACCGAUCGUUAUUCUCAGUAUAGUGCAUAUGGCUACGGCAAUGAAAGCGGUGGCAUAUGGGCAAAUGUGAACUUGGGAGAGCUACAACAUGACUGUUUACAACGCAACGCAGAACGAUAUGAACAGCGUGACGCCACUAAGAAAGGACUGACGCUCGACAAGAUAUACGAUAAUAACGUGACGAAAAACGCUUCCACGUCCAACGCAGAAGAACAAAGUACGGGGCCAGAUUAUCAUACUCGGACAGCGAUUAUCUUACGUUCGUGGAUCAACAAGGUCUACACAGAAAAUGAUCUGCACUUCAUUCGAUCCAUGGUGAUGGAACUCUCGUUAUUCUCCGGCGCGGAAUACGAGGUUAUCCUCCUCGUCGAUUCAACUGGGACUGAUUUGCCCGACCCAACGGAUAAGGCAGGCCUGGAUGAGUUCAAAAACAAACACCUACCACAAGAUCUUCAUGAAAUUGCGGUUUUCUUCGACGAGGACAUGUUGGCGGAGUGGUACCCGAAGAUAGACGUUCAUGUUGCAAUCCUCCAAUAUUUCCAACCAAUCCAGAUCUUCUCCCGCCUCAAUCCCCAAUACGACUACAUCUGGCAGUUCGAACUCGACUCAAGGUACACAGGACACUUAUACCAUUUCCUCGAACAAGCAGCCACAUUCGCCAAGCAACAACCGCGCAAGAACCUCUGGGAGCGAAACUCCCACUUCUACAUCCCGGCGGUGCACGGCCCCUGGUCAGAAUUCACAAAAACAAUCAACCGCAGAAUGGCCGACACCCAAGAAAUCUGGGGCCCGCACCCCGCCAUCGGCAUCCACGUCGAAAAAGACGCCCCGAAAGUCCCCGCCUCAGACGACCCAGCCAGCCAGUCAAACUGGGGCGUCGGAGAAGAAGCCGACGUAAUAACCUGGAUGCCGCAAUUCGAUCCCCGCAAAACAGGCUGGCCGUUCCGCGACCGUAUCUUCAAUUUCUGGCAGAUGGGUGAGACGCCCGUGCGGGCGUCGCCCGUUGCCAUGUCGAGGGUUUCGGCUCGCCUGCUGGCACUCAUGCAUGCUGAUAAGACGCGGCGCGGGUUUGGUCUUGCGUCGGAGAUGUCGCCGGUUUCGUGGGCCUUGUAUUACGGGUUGAAGUCGGUGCAGGUUCCGCUGCCGAUUUAUCAUGAGCUUAGCUGGGAUCCGGUGGAGUUGGAUCGAAGGGCUAAUUCGGGGAAACCGGGACGUGUUAAUGCCGGGCCGGAUAGUGUUUGGAGUUGGGGGAUGCAUGAUGAUAUCUUGUUGAAGCUGUCUUAUAUGUUUUCGUCGAAAUUCCCGGAGAAGCUUUAUCGGGCUUGGUUGGGACUUGAUGGAGCUGGUGAUUGGGAGAAGUCUCAUCGGCGCCUUUGCUUGCCUCCUAUGCUUUUACAUCCUGUCAAGAAGACGGCGUAG